AUCUUUUGCUACAUUUGUACUGUGUGUGUGUGUGAUUAUUGAAUGUUCCAAAAGUACAUUGCUGCCAUCCAGAUAAUACUGCCCCCAUGCUUCACUAUGUAUCUCUUAAGAACACGAACAUUUUGUUUUUUGUCUAUGAUUAUUUUCAUUGCACCUAAUUUAAUACACAAUAGUAUAACUCUUAUGAUUGUUUUACAGCAUUAGUGAUUAUAGAAUCAGAGUUUUAACUGAAACAUCUUUUUUCACCCACAGUAAAGAUCCCUUAUUUUGGAUCUGGGGUUACUUUCUUGAAUAAGAAAGCUGUGAAGCUGACCUCAGAUGACCGAACGGAAAGAGCUGCAGCCGUCUAAUACCUUCUGAUGCUCAAUAGAGUGUACACUCCAGAGUAUUGUUAGGUGCAGACCUUGAAGCAGGCUUUUAGAGGCUGCCCUCAGUGUGCUGGCUGGCUGAGAGCUGGUUGGUGUUCAAGGUAGUCUAGGAGAGGACACCCCCUUCUUACUGGGCGCUGCCGGGGAAAGCCAGGCUUACUGAAGAAGCAUUUCCUUGCCCACUGCCUUGGUUCCAAUUCAAUGGAGCUGGCGGCUGCCUUGGCAGACCUCCAGGCGGAGGCUAGCUGUCCCAUCUGUCUAGGGUACUUGAAAGACCCAGUGACAAUAUACUGUGGGCAUAACUUUUGCCUCGCCUGCAUCAGUGAGUCCUGGAAGGAUAUGAAAGGCAGUUUCCCCUGCCCUUCUUGCCAUUAUCUCUGUCCACACAGAAAAUUCCAGAACAAUUUCCAGCUAGGUAAUCUGACUGAAGUGGCUAAGCUACUGCCUCUGAGAAGGAGCAAGAGAAAAAGGGAGGAAGGGAAUGUUAUGUGUGAGAAGCAUAAACAGGUCCUGACCGUUUUCUGCCAGAAGGACCUAGAGGUUUUGUGUCCCCAGUGCAGCUUCUCUGCUGAUCACCAGCAGCACUAUGUCUGGCCCAUAGAGAAGGCUGCUGUCUAUCAUAAGAAACAGCUGGAGCAGCACAUGGAGCUCUGGAAGGAGAGAUUGGAACAAAUUGAAAAAGUGAUUAUUAUGCAGACUGGAAAGUCAGGGGAACUUAAGAAAAAGGUAGAUUGUAGGGAAGAAGAAAUAAAGUCUGAAUUUGAACAGUUCAUGCUGUUUCUUCAAAAUGAGCAAGAGACUACUCUUAGGCAAUUAGAAGAUGAAGAGAGGGAGAUUUUAGCAAAACUAAGUGAAAGGCUAACACACAUUUCAGAUCACGCCUCUGCAUUAAAAUAUCUAUUAAAGGAGAUAGAGAACAAAUAUGUAAAGUCAGAAGUUGAGUUGCUGACAAGUGUUAAGAGCAUCUACCGCAGAUAUAAAAGUUUAAAAUGCCCUGAAGUUUUUUCAUUCCAAUUCAAAGAUUAUAGUUGCCGGCUUCCUCCACAAUAUUCUGGACUAAACAAAAUUAUUAAGCGAUUUCGAGUAGAUGUACUUCUAGAUCCCGAAACAGCACAUCGUAAACUUAUUAUCUCAGAGGAUAGGAAAACCGUGGGUUAUGGAAAUACACAAAAACUACCUCAUAGCCCAAAAAAGUUUUACAUCUGGCCCGCUGUACUGGGUGCUAAGGGGUACAGCUCUGGCAGGCAGUACUGGGAGGUGGAGGUGAAAGACAAGCCGGAGUGGCUCCUGGGUGUCUGUAACGAGUCUCUCCCCAGAAGGAGGAAGAACCAGAAUCAACCCUUUUUAGUAAAGGAUGGGCUGUGGGGAAUUGGGCGAUGUAGUCACACUAGUUACAUUGCAUGUGGUCCUAAGAAAAUUAAUCUUUUGCCAAAAGUGUUACCCAGGAAGAUUGGCAUUUUCUUAGACACUGAAAUGGGUGAGGUUUCCUUUUAUAAUUUGACUGAUCGAUCUCUUCUGUAUACUUUUAAUGAUUACUUUGGAGGAACACUUUGGCCUUAUUUCUACACUGGAACUGAAGCACGACCCCUCAGAAUCUGUACCAUAACAGAUUCUGAAUGAUGAGCUAUUGGAAAUCCUCAUUUUGUUUGUUUUUACAGUUGGUGGACAAUUGAACCAGUUAUCGAGCAAUUUCAAAUAGAUGUCGAUGGGUUCUUUUUUUUCCUUUUUUUUUUUUUUUUCAGUUUUCACUGAUUUUGUUUCAGCAGGUUCUAAAAAUAAUUAUAGU